AUGUGUGAUUUUGGUGACUUUGUUACUGCUACCUACCUUACUGAUGAAGCUGUUGCACUCCAAGCGUCGUCCGCCGCAGAGGACCAUUCGCGGGCCGGGCCGGGAAUGAGUCGAAGCGAAGCUCUCGUGAAGCGGUGGCCGCCCCCGGGGAACAUUUCAUUCCUGAGCUCGCAGCGCACAGAGACAGCGGGCCAGCGGCGAGUGUGCUCGCUUCACCGCUUGCUCCCACCUCGCCAUUCCCCGCGGCAUUCGCGGCGGAUAAACCGCGCCACGUUCGCGCUCGCAUCGCCGGGCCUGGCAAAGCGUGCAUUGAAGAGUUUGAGGAUCAAAACCACUCACACGAACUCUGAAUUCAAAAUUGUUGGCUUGAGUGAGAAGUCUUGUUUUGAACAGACGUUCCCUCUGAAGCAAAGAAAUGGCAGCAACUCUGAUACCGUGGAAGUAACUGUCUAUGAUUACUACAUGAAAGGUGGGGGUAUAAAACUGAGAUAUUCUGUUAAUUUCCCCUGCUUGAAUGUGGGGAAGACAAAGCGUCUGACAUAUAUACCAAUAGAGCUAUGCAGUCUGGUGUCUCUGCAAAGGUACACAAAGGCUCUGACAGUGCCACAACGGUCCUCGCUCGUCCAGAAUUCCUGGCGCAACCCUAGCGAGAGGAAGUCAGACUUGUAUGCCGCUCUAAAACAAAGUGACUAUAAUUCCGAUAGCAUGCUAAAGAAGUGCGGCAUCUCAAUAACUCCAGAGUUUACUCAAGUUGAUGGUAGAGUCCUUAACCCACCAAAGUUAAAAGCUGGGAAUGACGAUGUUUUUGUGCGUGAUGGGAAGUGGAACUUCAAUAACAACAGGUUCGUUCGGGCUAGCAGGGUAAACCAAUGGGUAGCUGUUAAUUUUUCUUCACGCUGUAAUGUUCGGGAUCUUGUUCGACGCCUCAUCCAAUGCAGAAAUGCUAAGGGAAUGGUGUAUGCGGUGAUUGAGGAGAACCCUGGAAUGAGACGGGCUCCUGCACCAAACAGGGUGGAUGACAUGUUUGACCAGAUAAAAAGAAGAUUCCCCAACGAUUGGCCAGCAUUUCUACUGUGUAUUCUUCCUGAGAGGAAGAAUUGCGAUAUUUUUGGGGCAUGGAAGCGGGUAUGCCUCGCGGACUAUGGCAUUGUCACGCAAUGCUUGGGUCCUCCUCCUUCAAACAUUAAUGAUCAGUAUCUCACCAACUUGCUGCUGAAAAUAAAUGCAAAGCUUGGUGGGUUGAAUUCAAUGCUGCAAAUGGAAAAGAAACCUGCCAUUCCACUCAUGUCACGGGUUCCAAUUCCAACCAUGAUCCUCGGCAUGGAUGUUUCCCACGGUUCACCAGGACGUGAUUUACCAUCUGUUGCUGCGGUUGUAAGUUCCUUGGGGUGGCCUCUCAUAUCAAGAUACAGAGCUUCUGUCUGCACCCAGUCACCCAGGCUAGAGAUGAUUGAUUCCUUGUUCAAGCCGGAGGGAGAUGAUGAUCGUGGCCUCAUUAGGCAAGGUCUAAUAGAAGGCUUUGGCAACAGUUGCAGAAAACUGCCGCAACAAAUUAUCAUUUUCAGGGAUGGAGUCAGUGAGGGCCAGUUUACUCAGGUGCUGAACAUUGAGCUACAGCAAAUUAUUGAGGCAUGCAAGUUUCUCCAAUGCAAAUAGUCCCCCAAGUUCACGGUGGUUGUUGCACAGAAGAACCACCACACAAGGUUUUUCAGAGAUGGCAAUGAUGUGGCUAAUGUCCCUGCCGGCACUGUUGUGGAUAAGGGAAUCUGCCACCACAGGAACUCCGAUUUCUACAUGUGUGCUCAUGCCGGCAGGAUUGGUACAACAAGGCCAACACAUUACCACGUGCUGUAUGGCGAGAUCGGCUUCACUCCUGAUGACCUGCAGGAGCUCGUGCACUCCCUCUCUUAUGUGUACCAGAGGAGCACCUCAGCCAUAUCCAUCGUUGCACCGGUGUACUAUGCGCACCUGGCAGCGUCUCAGGUGCGGCAGUUCGUCAGGUUCGACGACUCGUCGGAGACAGGGUCAUCGGCCAGUGGUGGCCCCGCGCCAGUGCCAGAGCUGCCUCGGCUGCAUGAGAUAGUCAUACGGGUGUUUGUUGCUGAGAGCCUCUGCGUCUGGGCGUACGAGCUAUGCAUUUUGGUGGGCUCAGUAUGA